AUGGAAGAUACUGUGCUCACGUCCAAAAAGGCUUAUUUGGAAGAGUGUAGGGAAAAGUAUUUAGCGCGUAAGGCGCAAUUUGAAGAGUUAAGGUCAAAUUCAAACUUAUAUCACGAUGAAUGCCAACAUAUUGACGUUCAAAAAUCACACAUCGAACAACUAAAGGAGUAUAACGAACUACGCGAUAUUGGCUUACGUUUACUCCAACUAGUUGCCGACGAUAAAAAAUGUAAAAUUCAAGAUGUAGUCGAGGAAAUGGGGUAUGAGCUAAAGGAUUGA